CGGCGGAGUGCGGGUUGGGGCUGGUGGGUGCGCGGGGCAAUGGAGCUGCUGAGGACUAUCGCGUACCAGCCGGGUGGUAGCAGUGCGAGCGCCAGCACCAAGAUGUGCGAGCAGGCGCUGAGCAGAGCCUGCAGCGGGGAGUCCCGCAGGAAGAAGCCGGAGGAGCAGCAGCAGCAUCACCACUCACACACCGCUGCCGAGGUCUCGCGGAUUAUUACCGACCCCACGACGGGCAAGCGCUACUGCCGCGGCAAGGUGCUUGGGAAGGGUGGAUUUGCCAAGUGCUAUGAGAUGACUGAUCUGACAACAAACAAAGUCUAUGCUGCAAAAAUCAUUCCCCACAGUCGCGUAGCUAAACCUCAUCAAAGGGAAAAGAUUGACAAAGAGAUUGAGCUGCACAGAAUGCUUAAUCAUAGACAUGUUGUACAGUUUUACCACUACUUUGAAGACAAAGAAAAUAUAUACAUUCUUCUGGAGUACUGCAGCAGAAGGUCAAUGGCUCAUAUCCUGAAAGCAAGGAAGGUACUGACGGAACCAGAAGUACGAUACUACCUCAGGCAGAUAGUGUCAGGGCUAAAGUAUCUUCAUGAACAGGAAAUCCUGCACAGAGACCUUAAACUAGGUAACUUCUUCAUUAAUGAAACUAUGGAAUUGAAAUUAGGUGACUUUGGCUUGGCAGCAAGACUGGAACCUCUGGAACACAGGAGGAGAACCAUCUGUGGCACACCAAAUUACCUUUCUCCAGAAGUUCUUAACAAACAAGGGCAUGGCUGUGAAUCUGACAUAUGGGCCUUGGGCUGUGUAAUGUAUACCAUGCUACUGGGGAGACCCCCGUUUGAAACUACAAACCUUAAAGAAACCUACAGAUGUAUAAGGGAAGCAAGAUACACUCUGCCAUCAUCUCUACUGGCCCCUGCAAAGCACUUGAUAGCUAGCAUGUUGUCAAAAAAUCCCGAAGACAGACCUACCUUAGACGACAUAAUUCGACAUGACUUUUUUGUACAGGGCUUUACACCAGAUAGACUUUCUGCUAGCUGUUGUCACACUGUUCCUGAUUUUCAUCUAUCAAGUCCAGCUAAGAAUUUCUUCAAAAAAGCAGCUGCUGCUCUUUUUGGUGGUAAAAAGGAAAAAGCCAGAUACUUCGAUACACACAAUAAACUGCCUAAAGAAGAUGAAGAAAUCUACAAGCUUAGACAUGAUUUGAAAAAGACAUCAAUAACCCAGCAGCCCCUGAAACACAGAAUAGAUGAGGAAAACCAGCCUCCUAACACGACAGUAGCCAAACCUGGAAUGCUUGCAGAAACCAAACAGACCGGAGACUCCAUUCGAAUGAUAGUGAGAGGAACUCUGGGAAGCUGCAGCAGUAGCAGCGAAUGCCUAGAAGACAGCACUAUGGGAAGUGUUGCUGAUACAGUUGCAAGGGUACUGCGAGGCUGCCUCGAGAACAUGCCAGAAGCAGAUGGCAUUCCCAAGGAACAGCUGACAGUAUCUUUCCAAUGGGUUACAAAAUGGGUGGACUACUCUAACAAAUAUGGCUUUGGCUAUCAGCUGUCAGAUCACACUGUUGGUGUUCUUUUCAACAAUGGAGCACACAUGAGCCUUCUACCAGACAAAAAAACAGUCCAUUACUAUGCUGAGCUAGGUCAGUGCUCUGUGUUUCCAGCUACAGAUGCUCCUGAACAAUUCAUCAGCCAAGUAACUGUUCUGAAAUACUUUUCUCAUUACAUGGAGGAGAACCUCAUGGAUGGAGGGGAUCUGCCUAGCCUAACUGAUGUUCGCAGGCCCAGGCUUUACCUCUUACAGUGGCUAAAAUCUGACAAAGCCUUAAUGAUGCUCUUCAAUGAUGGCACAUUUCAGGUGAACUUUUACCAUGAUCACACAAAAAUAAUCAUCUGCAAUCAAAGUGAGGAGUAUCUCCUUACCUACAUCAAUGAAGACAGGAUUUCAACGACUUUUCGUCUGACAACUCUUCUCAUGUCUGGAUGUUCUUUGGAACUAAAAACCAGAAUGGAAUAUGCACUGAAUAUGCUGCUGCAAAGAUGCAACUAAAGGGGACUGACUUUCUUAAACCAAAAGGACAUUUUUCACUGUGAAAUCUACAGUGGAGG